AGUCUGACCACAACCCAAGUGUGUGAUAGUGCAGUAAAACAGUGAAAUGGUCAAAGAAAUGCGCAUACAAUCCAUCUCCGUGUGGGACACCUGCCGUAUACACGUCCUGUCGUUCAUCUUCGGCGUCUGGGUGGUUUGCAAGAGGAUCGCCAAAUGGAUCUGGGAUCCCGCAGGGUUCCACAGCAUCCAAGUACGGGACAACCCGCCAUCCUGUUUAGUGGACUCGACCCUAGGCCAACACAAAUAUGUAAAGUUAAAGAGUGUUAAAUUACAUUACGUAGAAUCUGGUUCUAGAGAUCAACCCCUUAUUCUUCUCCUACAUGGCUUCCCAGACUGCUGGUUGAGCUGGAGGUACCAAAUUCCGACGCUUUCCCAGUAUUUCCGUGUGGUCGCGUUGGAUCUAAAAGGCUUCGGAGAUUCCGAUAAACCAAUAUGGAGGACCAGCUACAAGAUAGACACCAUUCUGGAUGAAAUCAAGCAGUUCAUUCACGCCCUAGGCGUCACAAACUGCAUAAUAAUAGGGCACGAUCUAGGUGCCAUGGUAGGUUGGUACUUGGUGCAUCAGUCACCGAAUUUGGUCAACAAGUUCUUCGCAGUGUCGUGUCCGCAUCCCAAUGUAUACUGGAAAUCUUUAAGCACCACCUGUAAUUAUCAGUGGCUGAAUUUCGUGCAAAUGCCCUACUUGCCAGAGAUUGAUGCGUUGAAAGAUGACGUGAAGAUCAUUGACCAGUAUUACAAGCACCUACCAGCGAAUGAUGUGUUUCUGGAAGCUUACAAAUACAGUUUCAGCCGGAAAGAAGAUUGGACAGGUCCAAUAAACUACUACAGAAAUCUUCCUUUCCUUAAGAUAAAUGAAGAUGUGGAUCAUAUCGAGCCAACAGUUAUCCUUAUAACUGGAAAUAAAGACGAAUACGUUACAUUAGAGGGUAUAGUGAAAUCAACAGAGUACUGUGAAAAAUUUCACAUGAAAAUUAUUGAAGGAGCAGAACAUUUUCCUCACCAGGAAAGUCCAGAAAUGUUUAAUAAAAUCAUCUUAAAAUAUGCCAUAACCAAACGAUUCGAAGCGUCAAAAUCUUUGGAGAGAUCCCCUUCGAAAAGAAUCAUGGAUGGACUUAUUGGCGCUGUCAGCAAUACGGUUAAGUACGGAAAUUCCGUCAUAGAUAACGUGCAAAAAAGGACGAACGGUGUCGUUAAUAGUAUACCGUCCAUAGGUUUAUCACUAAAUUACAAUCAACCAAAUUAAGAGAACUAAAGAAAGCCAAGAUACUUACGGCAUUACUAUGACCACAAUCAAGAAAUAAGUCACUUUUGUGAUGAAUCGAAUUUAAGAAUAUCUCAAGAAAUCAGCUAUACGAAAAUGAAUACCUAUGAAUAACACUCGUGCGAUAAGGCAAGUGACAAUGUGAUACCUACUUAAAAUUAUAUCAGUGGAAAAACCUAAAAUUCUGUGAAAAUUUGAUGAAUAAUAAUUCCACAUGCAGCUACAAAAUUGUGGAUUAAUUUGUCAGCUCUGUUAGAAGAUAGGAAGAUAGUAAAAUACAAUUCUAGGUAGGUAACGAACAUAUUAACGUUGUUAACGCUGUGUUCGUUGCCAACGUUUUAAAUUAUAGUGUCUUUCGUUUUUGAAAACAGUCAAAUUGUGAUUGAUGGAUGGAAAACAUUUAGGUAUUUUACCAAAAAUAAAAAGAAACCUAAUUAUUAGGCUCGAUUUAUUUUUUAAAUGCUUAGCGAACUUCUUCAGAAAUUUAUAGGUUUUGAUCUUUAUACAAUCAAUUAUUUUUUUUUUAUUUUAUGGAAUCAGAAACUCUCAAGAUACUUAUUAGCUAUUUUACACUUUUAUAUUUAUUUAUUAAUCUUGUUUGAAUUUUGUUUUUAUAAUUAUGUGUUAAAUAUACCAUGAUUUUUAAAUGUGUCUGCUUAUCGUCUGAAUUUCGAAAUUUAUCAAAUAAUUAU